CGUUGUUCUUUCAAAUCGAGGUGUCCUCCUGCCUUUACUGGCCACCAACGGGCCCCCGGGGGAGAAGAUAUCUUUUACAGUAAUGCUGCACUCCUGCAUGGACUUUGAAGCUGCUGGGAUAAUGGAGUAAUAAUCUGAGGAAAGAUGGCACAGGCCUGUCAGAGACAUGACAAACCCAACAGACUGAGGGAAGAACUGAGCUGCAUGCUGGUUGGUGAUGGAGCUGUGGGGAAGACGAGCAUGAUCAUCAGUUACAUCUUCAAUGGAUACAACAGCGAGUACAGACAAACAGCUUUUGAUGUAUUCACCGGUUUGGUUCAUGUUAAUGGAAUUCCAACUCGUAUCAAACUGAUAGAUACUGCUGGACAGGAGGAGUUUGGCCAUCUCCGCUCUCUGUGCUAUGCCCAUGUGGACGUCUUCAUCCUCUGCUUCAGCCUGGUCAGCCCCAUCUCUUUUGACAACAUCACCUCCAAAUGGAUCCCACAGAUCCGUGCUGGCAACCCGACUUCUCCCAUCGUUCUGGUUGGGACUCAGUCAGACCUUCGCCACAAUGCAGACAUCCUUAUUCAUCUGGACCAGCGGAGCACCAAACCGGUGCACUUGAGCCAGGCCAGAAGGCUGGCACACAGGAUCAGAGCUCAUGACUACGUCGAGUGUUCAGCUCUGACACAACACAACCUCAAAGAUGUGUUUGACUGUGCUGUGUUCGCUGCCAUCAAGCACAAGCACACUGGCACAAAAUCUAAAAAGCUCAGCCCGCUCAAACGCUUAAAGACUUUUUGUGAUUGCGGAUGGAGGAAAAUCUUCCGAUUCAUCUGAUGUGGAAUCAAAGAGUGGAUUGAAUGUACUCAGCCUGGUGGACACGGCCCGUUUGGGGAUUUUUAGGACAAAUUCUGCAUUUUUAUCAAAACAUUUCUCUGCAGAAUGUGGAUUAUGCACUAAAACAACAUGAUUUAAGAUCAUUGAAAACAUGCAUUGAUAUCCAUCCCGUAAGACAUAUGACAAUUUUAAUUGUGAAUUAAUUAUUCUAAUUCAUUGUAUUAAGAAGGCUACAUAUUCUGCUCUUUUUAUUUUGCCCUUCCUUGUUUUGAUAUUUGUGUGUGUGUGUGUGUUAACGUUUUGUA